UCAUUUGAAGAGAAACUUAAUCCUGCUCUAGUAGCUUUUUAUAAACUACAAUGUGACUUUUACAACAGAAUGACUGCUAUGUAUAAAGUGUAUGGUGACAUAUUCUGGAGAGAAAUGAAUCGUGUUUGGCUGAGGAGGACAGUCAUCACUGGGUAAUACUGGCCGGUUAGUGCUCGGGUAUUCCUAUAGUUGUCGGAUGUAUAUUGGAACCUUAGGGACAUGUGUGACGAACAAAUUGUCAUCAGUAAUUGUUAGUGGACAUAAACUGUCAAUGUUAUAAAGUAUAUUGGAGACUGACGAAACACUCCGAUACAGUGUUGAAGAAAUGUUGAUAGGAUAACUACUCAGGAGUGUUCCAGGAUUCGGAAAUUGAUGGGGAACUGUGAGGAAUUCUACAAACUUGAGCUACGGUGUGUGUAGUUACUGUUGUGGUGGAAAAUUGUAGUGAAUGUGUGGUUAUACGGCAGGUAUCAGUGAUGUAGGGAGUGUGACCAAGCCUAUGGAAUGCUAUCAUUACUAUGUGGAGUAAGGACCAGAGAUUCACAUGCUUACAUCCUGAUUUCAUACCUUUUUACCAAAGUUACCUGUCUUUGGCAGAGUUGGUGAUACCUUGUGACCUCAUGGUAACAUGUAUCAAUGAACAACUGGAAAACCUACCUGUGUUAGGUAGGAACGCCUGGAUUUAAUUUCAUUACUCAACACCUGUGAUAUAUUAACUAUAUAGCUGUACUGAUUUCCUGCUCCAGAAGCGACCUGAUUUAUUUCACACCUGUCAGACUGUGGAGAGAUAUUUUGUCAUAGGGUUUACUUAAACAAUUCUCCUUAGUUUAGUCAGCAUCUAUAUAAAGAAUUGGACUAUCUCAAAUGUUUCAUUCACAACACUAUUAUCUUUUGUAGGAACGGCAGCUGAUAAAUUCUUUGCUGUGUAUCACUUUUGAUUUAGACACUGUGAUAUACACACUUAGAUAAUAGAUCCUUCAAUAUACUAUAUAGGUAUAUGUAUAUAUAAAAUUUCCAGGGAAAUACAAACUCUUACAUGUUAUCUUAUCAUAUCAUAUGACAUACAGUGUCACUAUCAGGCUGGAAAAAACAUUUCACAAGGAUGAAGUAUUACAUCAAUUGAUAGGUAUUUAGUGAACCAUGUUUUACCUGUAUACCAGGUAUAGGUGAUUAUGUGGAGCAAGGUGACAGGUACUGCUGACCAGGUGUGACUGACCACAUACCUAAUCUACACCUGUACUAAUUGGUAUCCCUUUGUACCUGUUUUCUACCUGGUAAAGACAGCUUGGGCUCAAUAUAUUAACCACAAAAGACAGUUUUGAGACAAAAGCUUCGGCCUUGGUCAGAUUUAAACUCUAUGUUGAGUUACAAUUUGUUGUGUGUCAUAUUUUUACCCCAUAUUAACGGUGAGGAUCAGCCAUUCUACCUGUACAGAUACAGGUAUUGUAUAUCAACUUUCUGUGCUAUAUCAUACUACCGUGUACAGUUAGAGGAUUUGUAACGAGUGUGUUGAUUGGUCACUCCUGUGAUGGCAGUUCCUGGUAAUAGUGGUACACUAGUGUCACUUUGGAUAUUCUAUAACAUCUUCAAUCCCAAGUCAACAAGGAUGUCCUUAUAAAGGAAAAUGUCACAACAGUAUCGCAAUACUUUGUCAUUAGGGGAUUUGAAACCCCCUAAUAUAAACGAUAGUCCUAAUCUAUCGCUUCGAAGUCUCCCUAUACGUCAUAGACUUGGAGGAGACAUGUUCGGUCGGGGAAGUGAUGAGGAUUCUAUGACAUCAUCCUGCGAAUUCCUGGACAACUGGUCAAUCACAGGGAAACAGUGGCUUCCGGACAGUUACAGCUUGUCAGAUCUCUCCCCUGUGUCAGCACCAGAAUUCUCUCCACGUUCCAAUCAGGUUCGAAUGCCCCACAAUCGUAAGAAGGGCCGAGCACCCCUCCCUCCGGGCAUGCAACAGGGUUCUAAGGAAAAUCCUACCCCCACCCGACUCAAAGUUGACUGAGGACAAUGAUAAAAAGAGAAUGCUAAGCCAGUCAGUAGACAUGGCCAAGCUGAAUAUUGAGCGUAUGAACAGGAUGAGAUCCAAGUCUACUGAUGUUCCUCUGAAUGUCAGUGGAAGGACUACUCCGGAUCGUGGUCCAAAAUUCUCUACCACUACUAGACUCAAACUUAAAGCAGCAAUGAGAUUUGGAUUAAAUUCACCGACCACCAAAAAGCGUCACAAGACUACAAUUAUGGUGGAUGGAAAUACGGGUAAACAACUUCGUGCACGUAGAAUAGCGACUGUUGAUCCUCCAGAGGUACCACCAUAUGAAAUUGGCUUUGUGAUCAUUUUGGAAGAUUUGGUACUGGAUGUGGAAUUCGAGGUACAAAGAAUACCAGAGUAUGAUAAGUACCUGAGUGACCUUUUGGAUGAAACUGACCAUGGUCAUCCUGAUUAUGAUGACCUCUACCGGGCACAUGCAAGGGUCAAGAAAAUGGUGAGGGAACAUGAGGACGAGUUUGGAACUAGCCCUGAAAACCUCAGAAUGGAUAGCAUACAGAAACGCUUCCCUAACGAUGACCUUCAGCUACGAGAAUCCUCAUCUUCAGCAGCACAGAGACUACGCAGUCUUUCACAGAGAAGACGCUCCGCUCCUGGAGCUGUGCUCUUCAAAACGCUUGGAAAUCGCUCCAAGAGCACGACCAGUCUUGGGUCACAUGGUGCAAUGGGAAAGAAAGAAAUGGACAUCGUGAACCCCUUCCGACAUCCGGACACGGUCAAUCGGCAGUACUUGAUGGAGGGACAGGUGGAAUUCUGUCGAUCAGAACACCUGUUUGAGCGUUACCUUUUCUUGUUUAAUGACCUUCUCCUGGUGGCCAAACAGAAGACAAGCACAACAUUCAAACUGAAGGCACGAGUGCGGGUUUGUGAGAUGUGGAUUUCCAACUCAGUACAAGAUGUGACUGACCUACCACGAUCACUGGACAGGUCUUUUGUAAUUGGCUGGCCCACAACCAAUGUCAUAGCAACCUUCAAAUCCACCGAAUCUAAGGAACUUUGGUUUAAUAAGUUAACAGAGCAAAUUAAGGAAGAGAAAUCUAAAGAAACCUAUACCUGCCAAAUGAAGUUAGAUGUAUUUUACCGAGAUAUGGAACAGAAAUGUACUGUUGACAUUAAUUGUGAUAUGGAAGCUAAGGAUGUGCUGAAAAAAUGUCUGGAUCACUUUCAAAUUCCGGAAUCGGAAGCACAUGAAUACCAAAUAUGUGUCAAGUCUGGAAAAGAGGAUAAUUCAUACCCCCUCAUAGGCCACGAGAACCCUUUCAAUAUAAAGAUGAGCCAUGUCCGCGAUAUUUAUCAAACCAGACCAGAUGAACCCAUAAUUCCAGCUGAUUACGACAAAGUUCUGGAAGAAGCACCUGCUGAUCUGCGAUGUCAGUUUUACCUGAAACACAACAAAAAGUCACCAAAGAAAGGAUAUGGAGAUGAUGGUAUUACCAAACACAGUAAGAAAGACAGGAGUAAGAGCCUCAUGAAGUUUUUCCGUCGAAAUAAGGAUGACAAGAACAAUAAUACAGCGCCAUCUGGGAAACUGUUCGGCCAUCCACUUGAAGAUGUUAUCACAGCAAAUGGUCUUCCAAAGUGUAUCAUGGAACUUCUCAAGAUAUUAUUCAGAGAAGGACCUCACACAACAGGAAUUUUCAGGAAGUCAGCCAAUGCUAGAAAACAGCGAGAGCUGCGACUGAGACUGGAUGAGGAUGAUGCUGACUUGGAUGAUGACACUGGUGCUUUGGUUGUUGGUGCUGUACUCAAGGAGUACCUGCGAAGUUUACCUGAAUGUUUGUUAUUGGACAAGUUCUACGAUGACUGGUUAAGUCUAAAUGAUGAUAAAAACGGCGACAGUCCACAUAAACUUGCCCUAGUCAAAAGCUUACUUAUACAACUUCCUCCCUGUCACUUCGACUUACUACGACACCUAAUGUGUGUGCUGUAUUACAUCGAAAAGAGGAGUUCAGAAAACCUCAUGACUGCCUAUAAUCUGGCUGUGUGUAUCGCUCCUAGUAUUCUGUGGUCAAGGGCCCAUACUGACCCCCUCAAGGAUUUGGCCAGUACUACUCCACUCUCUAUAGUGGCCUACCUUAUCAAAAACUGUGGGGAGGUAUUCGGGGAAGAGUCACUUGGACUUUUUGGGAAUCCCUGUGAUCAGAAACGACAAGACUCCAGUACAGAUUCAGACAGCAUGCACAGCGUACUCAGUAUGCCAGACUCCAGCAGUGGUGGUACAAAUCGCCGUGAUGACUCUUCAAUUGACAGUCUGGAGCGUGAGGUUUACAUAGGACCAGAUAUGGAUUCCAGUCCUAAUCUGGCCAAAAGUCACUUGUCACCGUCAAACCUGAGUCGCGACUCCGGACUGAUGCUGAGUGACAACCAGUUGUACGACGAUGACAGCAGUAGUGUGGAAAUGCUGGUGGAUCGUAAAGGAUACAGUCGCAGUGUGUCCCAGUACAUUGACAGAGACAAUGAGAAAAGUGGUCGUUUUGACAAUGUGUGUAGUCAAAGUUGUGAGAAUUUCUAUGAGUAUGGACAUCAUAAUCCUAAACCUCCUCCUAGGAAAAAUAGGCGAAAGGAGAACGAGGCUUCAGACCCCUCGCCUAAUAUGGAGAUGCAUCGUCAUCAGACAAUUUAUUCUCGUACGGCAGAUAAUAGAUACGACAAUAGUCCUAAAUCUACAUUAUCUCAAAGUCUUAGUGCUGACGCGUACCACCGGUACAAUCACGAUAGUUCAUCCGAGUCACUCAGGAGCAUUGAGGAUCGUGUUAACACUGCUAGUGAACAAUUUGGAAAUUGGCAAAAACAGAAACGGUCAGAACAAACUCUGAUUAAGUCUGCUAGUGGGAUGCACUUAUAUAUUGACAAUGAGGAUUCUCGAUUAGAUAUUAAAUCCUCGGGACGAUCAAACCGUGACAAACUUACUCGCCAGGCAUCUGUGACAAGUACUCCCCCAAUGUCACCACAAUCCAAAUACUCAUUCAGUGAGAGUGUGGACAGUGCAUUGACUGAUUCUUCAAGCUCCUAUCUGCCACACCAGUCCAGUCAUGAUACAGACUUCAGUGAUAUAAGCACGUCGUGGUAUGGUGCCGACGACUAUCACAGCAGCAUGGACUCACAUCGGCUGCAACAGAGCUUUGAUGACUCCUCUGUGGACUUAAAUAGCUCGUUACAAAGGAAACGCUCAAGUGGUUCGAAGUCCACAUCUAGCCCACACUUCUACCAUCAAUCCCCUAGUACAGCCUACCAAAGCCCUAGGGGUCACACCAGUCUGGCUUUAUGUCGGUCCUUCCCUAUGGAAUCAGGGAACCUGUCUAAAGGGUCUGGGUCUACAACAUCUAAGGAAGCUGAGGAUAUCAUCACUAAGCCAAAACUUCCAUUUUCGUCUUAUGCAUCGGAGGAGGUGCUUCACCGGCCGAGGUCCACUGAACCUGCUAUCUCCGUAGUCUCUCCAAAAGCAGAGGCAUACACGUCAAACAUGCCACUGAAACAGAUGAGCAGAUACAGUACCGGACUCGGCACAUCACCUCCUCCCCGUGUUGUACUUCAAAGCAUGCGUCAAGGUCAAGGUCAAAAGAACACUCCAGUUAGGGCCAGUUAUGAUAGUGCUAUAGUUUCUCAGGUACGCAAGAGUAGCCUUGACAGUGAAUCAAGGAGAGAUGUUGAUCACAUAUCAGAAUUUCCUGCCAUGAAACAGCCGCCGUCAUCUCCUAACACACUUCGCAGGAGUGAGAGCGACAGUGAGAUCAACAGAACUCUCACCAAUUCUCCCGAUAAAAUACGACCAGACCACCCUCCCUCAUAUGACAUGGCUCUCCAGAGGAACUUCAUGCUUUCUCAGGGAAUUCCCAUUGAAAUCACAGAAAGCGAUGAAAAGAAACAAAAGGAAGCCAGCGCUAAAGCGAAAUCACUGUACGAGGAUUCUCUACGGAAGUACAUGGAGGAGCACCUCAAUAGUCCCAGUACUCAGCGAUUUCUACCCCAGACUCCUCCUACGAGGAAAGUGGAGGUGAAGAACACUGUUAAGGAAGACAGUGAUGAGGAACACAAGGAGACAACAGAGGAGGAUAUCUAUGUUGAACUGAAAAAACCUGAGAAAGAUCCCAAGAAACUGUACGAGGAAUCAAGAAAAGCAUAUGAGAGAUCUGUACAAGGUGAUAUGAAGAACAAUAACUCUAUGAUGGGUCAUUUCUCUGGUAGUAUGUCACCAGUUAGGGACAGUAAAACAUUGGCUGUACCCGUGUGUAACCUCCACCGAAGUUAUAGUGACUCUGCUGACCACAUGUUAAGGAAAAGUCCUAAACGUGAACGGUCACCUUUGGCAACAGAAAUUGUGAGGAGAGACUCUCGUACAAACACAAGAGGGGGCUCCCCUCAUCACAGAGGGCUUUCCCCAGACAACAUGGGAAUUUCCCCUCACAACAGGUCUGGCUCCCCUAACAACAACAGUAGACUUAGUUAUUCCUCGUCUAGUGUAUCCAACAGUUCAUCGGACACUGUCACCGACACACAGCUGGCUGCCUCCCCCAGUUAUAGGGAGAGGGCCGAGUCAAGCCCAGUCAUCACCAGACAUGUGUUCCCUACUGCUGAAUCCUACUCAACCAGUUAUGUUCAAAACAGUGCUAAGUCUAGAGACAUGUCACCUGCCUACAGGACACCCCAGGGAUUUGAUAAAUCAGUGCUUAGUGCCAGUUCUAGUCGUGAUUCCUCUCGGGAUUCUAGAUACUCAACAGAGAGCAGUAGAGACUCUAUUAGCCAAAAUCUCUCAAAUGAAUUGGAAAAAGUGACUAUUUCUUCAAAGGACUCCUCCCAGCAACAUGUUUCAAAUAAAGAGUCUAAUAAGGUUGUACUUCGAAAACAUUCAGGUCCAAGAGUGUCAAGUGGUAGUCAUGGUGAUACUAGAAUGUCACAACAUAGGACUAGUAUUGCAACAUCAACAGGUGUGGAACUCAGAAAGUAUGGCAAUCCUCCAGGGAGGAGAAACGAGGAAGUGAGAAACUCCUCAGACCUUCCCUGGAGUGUGAAACACCUCAGGACAAUUUAUCAGAGCCAGGGUAAAGGAGAGACUGCAGAGAGUGCUGUAUCGGGACCUCCCCCGUACCAGCCCCCUCCCCCAUUCCGUAGAAACAUUGACAACACUCGUAUGAGUACCUCUAGUAGUAGUAGUGCUGGUAGUACCGGUGGAAGGAACACACCUCCAACGUGGCCCCACAGUGUUCACCCUCGUGUCCGUGGGGAGGGACCACAAACUCAUGACAGUUCUGCUGAGGAUUCUGACACUUCUAGUCGCUACUCAGGGCAAGGUAGAAGGGAUACCACAAGUAGUUCAGACGAACAGGACUCCGUCGUGUCAUAUUCUAGGACCUACUACACAGACAUCUCAUACGUGUGAUGUCGUCAUUGUGUGCCUUCCAUGUGUUACCAUGGAUACUGACUACAGCAACACUGCCCCUGUGAUAUUUCCUAGAAAUUGUAGUUUACAGAUCAGUUAAAUGAUUUGUACAAAAAUACUAACUAUGUAUUUCUAUGCUGUCAUAGACAUGAGGGUGUUUAGGGUGCUCAAGUUUAUACGAUUUAGUAGCAAUAACAGCUGAUAUAACUUUCUCUCUUUUAUAUGAAAAAAAUGUUUGUAUCAAAUGAUAUUCAAAACCGGUACGAGAUUACGCUGUUGUGUGUGGAGAAACAAGUGUGUGAGCCUGUUUGUAUGUGUGUACCUGUUGUGUGUGGAGAAACAAGUGUGUAUUAUGUGUCUGGGUAUAUGUGACAUAUUGUUAAGAAAGGCAGCAACCUGUUUGAGUAAUACAAACUUCUGGGACAUAUAUAAAUGAAAAUGAAAUAAAUGUUCCCAGAUUAAAUUUAAAGUGCUUUCUGCAGGACCACAUGAGGUCGUAACCGACAAAUAUUGUCAGUUCUUACAAAUAAUGUACUAAUUCUGUAGAUAUGUGCGUAAAUGGCCGUGUAUUUUUAUAUAAUUAUUAAAUACCUCGAAAUACAUACCUGGCCGACAACUCCUGUACAAUCGGCCAUGGAUUUGUGAAUUUGUAAUUAUUCUUGUAUAUCUCAAUUGAAGAAAAUCCCAUAAUGCAUUGUAAUGUAUAUUUCCAGCAUGGUGGGUUAUUUAUAUCUGUACAUACGAGACUCCUUGGGAGCAACAUGUAUUAAACAUUAGUGCCAAUUUACCUCUGUAUACAGCGUUAGCAAUAAUCAAAUGCUUGUUCAUAUGAAAUGGUGAAGAUUUUAGAUAAAAUUCUGCAUAUUUUAACACUAUCUAAAGCUGGCAUAACAAAAUCCGGAAGUCAACUUUGCUACAGUCUAACCAUAUAUGUAUUCAAUCAGUCUUAAUUCACUUGCGUCAGUAAAUUAAAGGUUUUUUUUAGGUAAUGCUAUCUGAUUAGCUGGAAAAAUGCUCUAGGCUGAAACUAUGACAGCAAAAUAUUUAAUACUGUAUCAAAUCAAAAUUUCAUAAAAAUGGCAAAACAUUGUUUAUCAAUUUUAUCUUUUUAACUUUGAAAUAUACAGGUGUUUUUAUAACACUGAUUUUAUUGCCACAUACAAAGUGUACUACUCAAAUAAAACAUUUACAAAAUCUGGCGAGAGGUGAUCUGACCACGUGCCGUGGUAGCAUGGCCGUGUUGGGCGAUCAGGUAUGGAUGGUGGCAAGUGUGCUAUUGUAUGCAGUGUACCAGUGAACAGCAUUUUAUCUUCUAUAAAUACUGGAGUAUCAUAUUCACUAAGCAAUCCAUAUGAACAAACAAUAAUAAACUAUAAUAUACAAUCAAA